UCACACAAUUCGCAAACCGGCAAAUGACGUUAGCAACCUCUCUCACUAGAAAUCUCUUAGCAAGAGACUUGGAGAGAAAUGUUUGCAAACAAAUCAUCUUUGUUUUCACAACUACGCAGUCUGUCUAGACAUUAAAAUGUGAUAAUUUAACUCUUAAAAACUCAUUUAAAAUGGCAUCAAUCAACGACUUUUUGUUCGAUGAGCUUCUUAUCAAAAUUUUUCAUUAUUUGAGCUACGAAGAACGUCUGGCGUGUCGCAUUGUAUGCCAAAGAUGGCUGCAACUUCUAUUGACGGACUUCCAGUUUCGCAACGACCGUCAAUUGUUCCUGUCCAACUGUUUUAUCCAUCCAGAUUAUCCGCCUGCCAGUGUUUUACUGAAGAGCGAGUUUUCUUAUGAAACACUAACAAUCAGUAAGAGUGCUUUGAAAUGGCUGUGCUACAAAAGUGAUGCUGCUCCGUUUUUCAAGUUCCUCGGACAGAGUGUUGUGAAAAUUCAAGUGACUGAUUUUGGGGUCGACAAAGAUACUUUUAAAAUUUUCAAGGAAUUUCCACUUAUAAAAAGCCUUACAAUGACUGAGGGAACGAGUUUUAAAGUAAAUGAUUUGCCGGACGAGGCUUUUCCUAGUUUGGAACACUUGGAGGUGCGGAAAUUGACAAAUAUUUGCAAUAUUCUUGAUUUGCUCCAUGUGGCACCGCAUCUCAAGUCUUUAAAUUUUCGUGAAUCUGACAAUUGGGAAGAUAAAUCUCAUGAAAGUAUAGUGAAAAAGUUCAAAGAGGCACAUCCUCACCUUAUACAAAGUUAUGUGGGAGCAUCCACACGAAGUGGAGAGCAAUCGAACGUGUCUGAAGAACUUCUGAAAAGUCAAAAUAUUCGGCGAGUCAUUUAUUAUCAUUGUCAAAACGAAAGUUUUCUCGAAAAUAUCAAUCAAAUACCGUCAAUUAAAGAAAUUUUCCUUACUUGCAUGGAUUUUCCGCAAGUAACGAUGACAAAUUUAACUGUCCUCAAAUUAAUUUGUCGCACAUUACCGGAUUUCGGUCCAAUGGAACCGCUGAUCUACCUCGAAACAUUCACGCUCGAAGUCGUGCAUGACUGCAGUUGUUGUUUUCGGCAUCAACCACUGAAUCUCGAGAGACUGACUUCCUUCGAACUCACGAUUAACAAUAAGAAUGACUGUAACGACUGCUUCGUCGCCAUAUCAGAAAGCUUUCCGAAUUUACGGAAAUUUCACUUAUCAACGAUGACACUGAGAUCGUCGCUUUUGCGUUUGAGUUUCACUUGGUCUCACUUGAAAAAGCUGCUUAUUCGGUCUCCUACGGUUUUUUGUGGUAUUCCGGUAGCGAAUGAACUGACAAAUUUGGCUGUAUGUCACAAAUUGACACAUCUCUCGUUGGGAAAUAACGUCAUUAUCGAUAAAAAUGCCAUUAAGCAUCUUUGUCGAGUUUGUCCGAAACUUGUGUGGCUGAAGUUUCAUGUUGAAAGCACUUCGCCAUCAAUUGUUACAAUUAUGGAGGAGGUUUUGAUAUCGUUGCCAAAGCUUGCGGUGUUACUAAUACAUCCCAGUGAGGUGUCUUUCUUCAAUGUGACCGAAGAGGAGGCCUCGUUAAUUCUAGGAAUCAUCAUAAAGUACGGAAAAAAUUUGAGAGAUCUCAUCAUUCCAACACACUAUAAAACAAACCAUAAUCACGCAAUGAAACUCCUCUUUGAGAAAAUGCCGUAUUUGAGCUUUGUUCAGAUGAAAGAGAUGGAUAGUCGUCGUUAUGGUUACGUGAUGUCCAGAGUAAAAUACGUCGAGACGACUAGAUUAACAAGAAGCAAUAAAUGAUAACAAAAAUAUAUUAAACAUUUAUUUAACUUGUAACAAUUAAAACUAAAUUAUACACAAAAUAA